AUGCCCUCAUGGGGAAGACCACCGGGGGCACGAACGGGGAGAAAUACUAGGGGACGCGCGGCGUGGGAGGAGACUCGGCUGGAGGAGGUGGAUAGUGAGGAGGAUGCAUACGGGCGGGAGUUGGUGCGGAGCGGUCGCUACAGGGAGUAUGGAGGACGAGGGCUGCGGAGGCGACCUGUGGAUUACGAGGAUCUGACGGAUGAAUCUGAAGUUGAUGGGGGAGAAUUCGAUCUAUACGACCAUGAAGAUAGCACGGUGGCCUAUGCGAUUCAGUUGGCCAUGCGGGACAAGGAAGAUCAAUUGGUGGACACAGCGCUCGAGCGAAUUCGUCGCGCCCAAGUUCUGGGGAAGAAAAAUGUGCGGCUGUCGAAACCCGAGCUGGAUGCCCUGGAGCGCAAGCGCCAGCAAGCGGACGGUUUAAGCGGAAGCCGACGCCCAUCCACCAGUUCUGUCAAAGUGACGUCGCGCCCAUCGUCCCGACGGAGUGCAGUUGUUGCGCCAGACCAGAUGUCCGGCGCGUAUCCCACCUUUGCUGAUGCACACAGUAUCUGGGCUCGUGGGACGGGCGCGAAUAGCCGACCGUCCAGCUCAUCUUCCGCUCCCCGUCCCGGGACUCCAACGACUCAAUCUCUUCGUCCACAGCAGUCCAGUUCACCUCUUCGACCGACCUACCCGCCAUACACCCCCGAGCGAUUUGCCCCUAGUGGCCGACCACAGUCGAUGCAACAACCGCCUGUGUUCCAACGGCCACUGCCAGACGAUCCUCAAUGGGCCCCGCCUUACUACAAUACAAUGCAGAUGAGCUCAUACGGCGAACCUGCGGCAUACCCACCGCAGGCUGCCACCGCCGGACAGCGAAUGAGUUACCCUUCCGGCUCUGCAUACCCAUCUUAUCAAUCUCAAUCCCCGGGCAAACGCUCACUGCAAGGCACACCACAGGCUCGGACCGACCCAGCUCCAGCACCAGCUCCAGCUCCAUCCAAAUUGGGGUCAGAGGAGUCCAGUGAAGAAUCGGAGAGCAGCUCAGAGGAUGAAGUGCAGAUCGUCAAGGUGGCCAAGGUGGCGGAGCGCAAGGCCCCGCCUGCUGCAGUUGCGCAGAGGCGGCCAGUUACUGGAACCACUCGUAAGCGGACCAGUCGAUGA